AAUGACGCGCACCGUCAACAUUUUGGAUUUGGGUGCGCGAUGUUUGGGGGAGAAGGCGCUGGAACUUGUGCGGGAGCUGAAGAGGUCUCAAGACGGAAACCUGCCCCCCUACAACGAGGACGGCAUCAGGCAGGUGGUGGAGGAGAUGCGCGCCCUCUUCGAGCAGAACCAGUUGGAGGUCCGCGCCACCACUGAUGGGGAGAGGGGACUCCUUUCAGGUAUCCAGUUGAGGCACGCCUGUCUGGAGAGGAACCAGCGAUGCCUCCUGGCCUACGUCCACCACCGCAUGACUCGUAUCAGGGACUACCGGUGGCAGACGGGCAGCGUUCUCCCUCCCUCCUUCAGACUCAGUCUGUGCGAGCAGGAGAUACAGUGGUUCACGCACUACAACCGCUCACUGGCGACGUACAUGCGGUCCAUCGCCCCCACCGGUCUGGACCUCACGCAGCACCUCCAGCCUCCGAAGAGCCUGUUGGUGGAGGUCCGGUGUCUGGAGGACUACGGGGAGUUUGAGAUGGAGGACGGGACAGUGGUCCUGCUGCACAAGAACACUCAGCACUACCUCCCAAGGUCUCAGUGUGAGCCUCUCAUCAGACAAGGAGUACUGGAACAUAUCCACUGAUGUAGAUCGACUGCUUCACUUGCUCAUAUAUAUUUCACUUGCUCUCUUAUUCAAUGGGAAAUUUUAUGUGAAGCGUACAAUAUUAUUGUGAAUUGUAAAACGGAAGAUGUUUAUGAUUCAAAGCCAGGGUCCUUUGCGUGUGAAGUAUCAGAAUCCCCUCUAUUCUCUUCACCACCACCUCCAGCAGUUUCACGUCUUUCCUUUCUUUCCUCAUCACUCUUCAGUUUUUCCUUUUCUUCCUCCUCACCCCCACCAGGAACAUUCUCUGCUGACUUGACCUCCUUGUCUCCUUGUUCCUCUACUUCCAUUUUAACUCCACCACCCUCACCAACCUC